UUUGGUGCCGUAGGGACCGCUGCACGUGCCGCCAGGUUCCAGGGUUAGCUUGCUUAUCGUGUUGUUUAUGAGGUUGUUACGGUUUCGUUUCAGAAAAAUCUUUGGAUAUUCGUGUCUCUGUGAAUCACUCAUUUAACUUUUUAGCAGUGUCUCUUCUCUGAAAGUUAAAACGGUCAAACCUCGCGAGGAAAUAGUGCUUCUGCUUUCCUUGGAAAGUCUAGUUUACUUACUUAUUUACCUUCUCGAUUCGGCUUUUAUAUUGUGUUAAUAUUUACCCCCAAGUGUGUGAUUGUGUCUCUGGUUUGAUAUUGUCAACUUUUCUGAAGUUUGUUUUGCAUUCUCCCGGACAACUGUGGUCCUUCGUUCUUUUCUCGCGUGUUUUGUUGACUGUAUUUUAAAUCAAUUCUAAGUGUCCUGUGGAAGUGUCAACGAUUCUUGUUGUCCUGCCGCACAUUUAUCAUUGGAAUAAGUCUACUUUGGAGAACGAUUCAUCAAUCUGAAGAUCCCGCGCAUGGCGUCCUGAUUGUCAUUCCGCACCUUCUCGGUCGCAGAACGGGAUGGCCCGGGCUGGGAUGACAAGAUGGAGGAGCAGAAAUACAACAGCCGGCAAUGAGGGGAACGAUGAGGUGCAGAGGUCUCUGGAGCUGCUGGACCGCGUUUUAUCGGAAUUCGACGACUUGGAGAACGGGAACUCGAACAGCCCGGUGGGCGUCACGACGGCGGUCAGAUCCCAGUCGGCCCCGGCGACAACGACGACAAGAACGAGCGGGAGCAGCGAGACAGAGACCCCCCUCGGGGGCGGCUCCCCGGAGGACGAGAGCCCCUCGCUCGGGCACCAGUCCGAGGACGACGGCUACAUGAGCAUGAACGGGAAGCGAACCAAAUUGCUCCUCAACUUCCGAGAGAACGGCCCCGUCAUCCUGCCCCCGGGCCCCCCGCCGCCCCCGGCGCCCGACCCCGACCCGGAGCCCCCGCCGCCCCCGCCCCACGCCCACAACGCCUACCACGCCGCCGAUCAGCCCGAUUUCCCGCCGCCCCCCGAGGAGGCGGAGCGCAUCAUCUCCACCCUCCUUCCAAGAGUUUCACCCGGAAAUUCUAUUCAGAGAAGUAACUGGAGGCGAAAAGAGGAGAUCCUAAAAAAAGUUAGCCACAGCUUUCAGGGACCGAUUUCGGACGAAUGCAGAGUUAGUUCAGCGACACAAACAACCCUGGUAGGCCUUAUUUUUCAUUUUGUCUCAGUCCUUGAAUCCUUAAACAUAUUAUGUCAACGCCAAGUUUUUAAAACAUCACNGGGCCCCCCGCCGCCCCCGGCGCCCGACCCCGACCCGGAGCCCCCGCCGCCCCCGCCCCACGCCCACAACGCCUACCACGCCGCCGAUCAGCCCGAUUUCCCGCCGCCCCCCGAGGAGGCGGAGCGCAUCAUCUCCACCCUCCUUCCAAGAGUUUCACCCGGAAAUUCUAUUCAGAGAAGUAACUGGAGGCGAAAAGAGGAGAUCCUAAAAAAAGUGAGCCACAGCUUUCAGGGACCGAUUUCGGACGAAUGCAGAGUUAGUUCAGCGACUCAAACAACCCUGCCCAAAACGCGGCACCAGAGGCCGUACGGUUGGGAGACGGACAACGCCUCGACGCCGAAGGCGAAGCGGGAGCGCUACGCGCACGGAGGGAAGAAGUUCGGGAGCCUGCCGUACGACGGGGUGGUGCACUUCCCGCCGUGCGUCCCGGGGUGGCUCGUGCGCCAGGGCCCGGGGCCGCUCCCGCCGCGGACGAUCCCGGCCGCGGUCGGGCGACACCGGGAGGUGCGGAGGUGCGACUCGGCCGACUGCGACAUGGACCAGUCCUACGGCAACGGGCUCAAGCCCCUGUCCGAGCUGACCGACGACGAGCUGGCCGCCUUCUCCGACGACUCCCUGGAGGACAUGGCGGCGCCCCUUCAGAACGCCCCGAGCAAGAGGAGCAGCAUCGCCUGGGAGGUCCCGCUCAACGACCCGGAGGAGGAGGCCCUCUACACACCUGGAAGUACAAAAGUCAUCGGCAGGAGGAGGAGGAAGUCGACGGAUCAGUCCAGUAACUAUAGUUCAGGAUCUAUGUCAAGAAUGCGAGAACUUGAUGAUUGGCCGGAUCCUCCUUUCUCUCCAUCCCCUCGCCCAGACAGUCGGCGAGAGGACAUUUACUCUCAUCCAAUGGAAUUUUCACCAUCGGAUCUGACACCAAGUGGGACGUAUGUGAUACGCCGCGGUCGGAAAAAAGAAAGAAAAGCCGUACUAAGUGUAAUUCACAGAGAUGAGCUACCCAAGCCAAACGCAAAUAACGGAGACUUAAAAAGAUGUAGCUCCACUUUUGAUAAUAUAAAAUCGCUACUUAAAGAAGGUUUAAUAGACGGACUGGAUGAAACUCCACCAGAUUUCCUCCCUCCAUCACCGCCAAACAUGGCCAGAGUAGUAUCUUUACCUACCCUCACCAUCGAUGAGAAAGAUGAAGACAAAUUAGAAACAGACUCGGACAAUAAAAAUCAAAAUAGAACUUUAGGAUUAAGUUUAUCUUCAUCUAGUAUCUCAGCUGACAAAUUUAAUGAUGAAUUAGAUGAGAGCAUGGAUUUAGAAUCAUUAGAACCAGAUAUAAAUCCCGCACCAUCAGAGCAUAACUCGUGUGAUGAAAAUAAGAAGCUUUCUAAAUCGUGCCAUGCCAGCGGGAACCUAGUUUAUCAUGUAAAUGGUGACAUUUAUGAAGAUACUGAAACAGAUAAAUCCGAAAGUGAAGUGCCUAAUGAGGAAACAUCAAAAUUUAAGGCCCAAGUAGAUGAUAGUAAAUUCGAAAAUGCAGUCAAUAAUGUGUUAGAUGAUCCUUGGUGCAAAGCAACAGAAGUCAGUCAAGUCCAAGUGAUACCGGUGAAUGGGAAGUCUUCAUUGCAGCGCCAAGAAAUAAGACGGGAAGGGAGCGAGAAGUCAUCAUUACAGCGUCAAGAAUCAAGAAGGGAAGAGUGCGAAAAAUCCUCAUUACAGCGUCAAGAACUUAGAAGGGAAGAGUUCAAGAAAGUAAAUGUCAAAGAGAAGAAGGAAUCCAGGAAGUCAGAAAAACCACCCUGUGAUUUUAAAGUCAACGUUGAAGUUGUUCAGCAUGAGUUCGGCCCUCUGCCGCCAUCUCCUGUAGAAGAGGAAGAUGAUGAGUACUCAGAUAUCCUACAUUCGACAGCCAACAUGAGCUUAAAUAAAAGGAAAAAAGCUGAUACUUUACCAGAGCCAUUUUAUAGGUGUGUUGAUUCCCCAAGUAGUACUCGUAUAAGCUCAAGAUUUGCUGAGAGACCUCCUGAACCACCCCCUCACCGUGAUAUCUCGAUGAAUAGUUUGAAGACACGGUCAGUGGAUGCAGGCUUUACCAGGAAUCAUAGGAAUCAAUUUUCUGGGCAUAGGAGAGAUAUACCCUCAGAACGGCAAACUCUACCCAAUGACAUGCCUGGUCCAUCGCAGAGGAAAAUGUUUCAGAAAAGGAAUGGACACUGUUCUCGAGAAGAGAGUCACAUGCAGAACUCGUGUUCUUUACCAGAGACUCCUAUUUUCUCUCGUGGCUGUGAUAUACCACGCACUCCGCAUAGGAGAGCCCCAGAAGUUCCUGGGGUUGUCAGAACAACGCCAAGGCUGGGGAUGCAGACGACAGGGUAUCUGCAAAGAGGAAUGGGAACAGCAACUGGCCAUGGCAAUGGGGUCAUGGGCAAUAGUUUGGGUCAAGCGAUGACUGGUGCUGAACUUUUAAGACUAGCUGGUGGUCCUGGAAGAGGCUGGUAUCCAAGGCAUAGACAGCCGCGACCAGCAUCUGUCGAACAUCUCGAUAGAUUAGCCCAUUCACCUCAUCCGGGUGCACCUUGGGAAGCUAACUCAGCAAGAAAGCCACUCACUCUACCUCCUAAUCUUACCCCUAAAUUUUUCAAUCGUUCUCCCAGAGAAGCGCUACGCAGGGUCACAAGUUUACUAAUUAGGAAUAAAGGAAGCAGUAGUAAAGAAACGAGGAAGGACGAUAUGCUCUCCUCAUCGAUAAUUGGCCCGCAUGGAGAAACAAUCGGCGAGCCAAAUCCUCGGCUGAAGAGGGGAUUCUUCCGAAGUUUUUGGAAAAGGUCCCGCCACUAUUCUUUGGAGCAACAAUAGCCUUCGCUUAAAGCUGCUCCUCGAUGCUGGCAUAGCAUCAUUUUCUGCCGCUGUAAAUAAAGGAGCAGCUUUGAGCUCAGCUUGCGUCAGCGCGUGCAUUCUUCGCGCCAUAUUACUCGGUAAACCCAAUCAAGUCAUCUCAACCCCGUCUUGGAAUCUUCAAUUUUAAGCCGUUGAAUUUGUACAGGACACUCGUGUGUCUAUCUGUAGACUACAAUUAAUAUUAUUUUUAUUCUGUCCUCCCGCUCCAGCCUUUGCAUAAUGUGUAAUCCAGAAUCCUUUCCAUGAUGUCGCGCAAGAUUAUGCAAAUGUUAACCUAUCGACUCUAUUUAAUGAAUAGUUACUCAAAUCGGUGCACUAUCAAUUUUUCUAUUUUCUUCUUUUCUAGUCGCUUUAUUUAAUUUAACGGAAUUUCUAUAAAGUGAAUAAAACUUACACCCGUGCGUAUCAUAGUUCUCCCUCCUUUUUUACGAGUAAUAUUUUGAUUUACUUUUUUUUUAUUCAAAUAAAUUAUGUGUUUCUAACUACCAUGCACGCCAAUACUAAGUUGAGCGAGAAUUUUUACGGUCAGUGAUUAGGUAUGAACCAAGAUUUAAAAGUUGUAAACCCUGAGCUAAAUGUCGAGUUUAUGCAUAUUUCCAUUCAAUUUGAUUUGUCAUUGUUUUUAUACCGUACAUUUCAUUGCAUGAAAAAGUAGGUGGUGUUGAAAGUUUAAGAUCGAUACACUUAUCCCGUUAUUUUUUUAUUAAUCCCAUUUUAAUUCUUGGUAUUUUCUUUCUUUUUUGAAAUUCAGUACUUAACUUUUCAAUGAUGCCUUUUAAUACUGUCAUCUUAUCGUUAUUGACGCAUGCAAUUACAUUUGCAGACUAACUGAACUCAGGAAUCACGGUGAAAUCUUUUGCUCUCUCUCUCUCCCUCCCCUUCUCCCCCUCCCCAACUUUUCCUUCCCCCGUAAUCAACCUCUCUCCUGUGCUCUUUAGCCUUCUCCCUUUUUCCAUGAAAGGAUGAUGAAACUGCUUGAAAAAAAUACAUAAAAAAACACUUACCCUGUCCGGUACUAAAACUUAGGUAUUAUUGUAACUGAAAAUGAAUAAAUGAAUUUCGUAAUUUUUUUAAAUAUUUAAUGACUGAUUUUGAUGUGCCAUUUCUUUACUCUUCUAUAUUAACUUUCACUCGCUACUUAAAGAAUCACAGGGUACCUACUUCAUCUUACUCAAUUUUUGAACUCGCACGAUCACUACUUAACUGCACAUCUUGACAAUAUUAAUCCUUAGGGGAACAAAUAUUGUGUGAUUUACUUGAAAAGUUGUCUUAGGAAACACUGCAUGUUUUUCCCCUCUUAUUCUCAAAA